CCAUGGUUAAAUAUAUCUAGUUGUCACUGCCCCUUCUUUCCCCUCCUCAAUUUGCUGGACCAGCUUCCCCUCCUCCAGAUCUCCGAUCACCACCACCGCCACCUCUUUCCUUUCAUUUUCCGAAAUUUGUAAAUUGUGAUAUAAUUCGAUUCGUUGUGAAUUGAGCUAUGGGACUAUUCGACGGAUUACCUGUUCCUCAAGAUAAAGCUUAUUUAAGAGAUGAUCUUGAGAAUGUAGACGAAAGUUGGACUGUGGCACGAUUUGAUUCUUUACCUCAUGUUGUCCAUAUUUUGACUUCAAAAGAUCGAGAUGCUGAAAUCCAAACAUUAAAAGACCAAAGUGAUAUUGUUGAGGAAGUUGUGGAUGAAGUUGUUCAAACUUAUCAUGGUGGAUUUAAUAGAGCUAUUCAGAAUUAUUCACAGAUAUUGCGAUUGUUUAGUGAGUCUACUGAAAGUAUAGGAAAACUUAAAGUUGAUUUGGGUAGUGCGAAAACAGUUAUUAGUGCGCGUAACAAACAGUUGCAUCAGCUUUGGUAUCGGUCAAUGACAUUACGGCACAUUAUCUCCCUGUUAGAUCAAAUUGAGAACAUAGCUCAGGUUCCUGCUCGUAUUAACAAGCUGAUUGAUGAAAAUCAGUAUUACGCAGCAGUUCAAGUACAUGUUCAAUCAGCUAGAAUGCUUGAAAGAGAGGGACUUCAGACAGUUGGCGCUCUUCAAGAUGUUCGAUCUGAGCUGACAAAAUUGCGAGGAGUUCUCUUUUACAAAGUGUUGGAAGCUUUGCAUGCCCAUCUCUACAAUACUGGUGAAUAUAGCAGUUCAGCUACUCCUAGCAUGAAUGAGAAAGAUGAUGCUAUUCCAACCACAACUGUUGCUGCAUAUUCAAAUAAUUCACAAUCUCUCUCCCGGAGAACCAGAUUGCUGAAAGGUGACAGUCAUAUUGGUGGAUCUGGAUUUGCAAGUUCCGUUGACGGAGGUUCCUCAUAUGAUGGCCAUGAUGAUGAGGACAUUCAUGAUGGUGCUGACAAUACUCUGAAGAAUAUUCCUCGUCUUCCAACAUGGCUUUUGGAAUCCACUCCUGAUGAAUUUGUUGAAACAAUGCGAAAAAGUGAAUCUCCUCUUCAUGUGAAGUAUUUGCAGACGAUGGUUGAGUGCCUUUGCAUGCUUGGCAAAGUUGCAGCAGCCGGUGUUACAAUCUGCCAAAGAUUGAGACCAACAAUUCAUGAGAUGAUCACAUCAAAAAUUAAAGCUCAGGCAGAAUAUGUAAAUUCUACUAGGCCUGGUGCUGGCCACGCUGCUGGAACUGCUACAACAGGCCUUCAGUAUGUAAAAGGACAGUUGCAGAGCUACCAGUUACCAAAAGAGAAACAUAAAAAUGGGACAUCGUUAGCUGGAUCGCUAUUGGCCGUUAGCCCUGUCUCACCUGUGAUGGCUCCUAUGGGAGCAGCACAAUCUGCAACAAAAGAACUUCUUGAUUCUAUUCUAGAUGCCAUUGUUCGAAUAUUUGAGAACCAUGUGGUUGUUGGAGAGCUUCUUGAAUCAAAAUCUUCUCAACAAGCACACAUGAACACACCAAAGUCGAUGGUGGCUGAAAUAUCCGGGAACCCUGAUUCAGAAGCAUCUCAAGCCACAGGAGGCUUUACUAUUGGCUUUUCCAUGACAGUUCUGCAGAGUGAAUGCCAACAACUGAUAUGUGAGAUUUUGAGAGCAACCCCUGAAGCUGCUUCUGCUGAUGCUGCUGUUCAAACAGCUAGACUUGCAAGCAAGGCUCCAUCAAAAGAAAAGAGGGACAAGUCAGAUGACGGCCUUACAUUUGCCUUCCGCUUCACUGAUGCCACAGUGUCCCUCCAGGGUGCUGAUUUGAUUCGCCAAGGACGGAAUAGAAAAGGUCAAAAUGUCCAAGAAGGUUAUGGUUCAGCUUCCCUUCUACCAGAGCAGGGCAUGUAUCUAGCAGCAUCUGUAUACCGACCUGUUCUACAGUUUACAGAUAAGAUUGCUUCGAUGCUGCCUCAGAAAUAUUCUCAACUAGGGAAUGACGGAUUGCUGGCUUUUCUAGAAAACUUUGUAAAAGAUCACUUCCUGCCAACUAUGUUCGUUGAUUACAGAAAAGGUGUGCAACAAGCAAUAUCAAGUCCAGCAGCAUUUCGCCCACGAGCAAAUCCUGCUGCUGCUUACACCUCAGCGGUUUCCAAGGGACGGCCUGUCUUACAAGGACUUCUGACCAUCGACUUUUUGGCUAAAGAGGUGCUUGGGUGGGCUCAAGCAAUGCCCAAGUUUUCUGGAGACCUUGUGAACUAUGUGCAAACCUUUCUUGAACGAACAUAUGAAAGAUGUCGGGCAUCAUAUACAGAGGCAGUUCUUGAGAAGCAAAGUUAUAUGCUUAUCGGAAGACAUGAUGUUGAUAAUCUGAUGCGUCGUGAUCCAGCAAGUGUGUUUUUACCAACUUCACAUGCUCACGUCAGUGCAGAUAACCAUAUUGUUGACGCUGAAACUGAUGGGGUUGACCUGGAAUUUAGUCAACUACUGAUGAAACUAAGGCCAAUCAAACAGGAAUCUUUGAUACGUGAUAACAACAAACUUAUAUUGUUGGCAUCCCUUAGUGAUUCGUUGGAGUACAUUGCCGAUUCUAUAGAAAGGUUUGGGAAUGCAUCAGGAAAACCAUCUGAUCAAACAGAGAAUGAUGUCAAGCCAACACAUCCCCGUCAUAAACGAAGUGGCAGUGUACCUCAUAAGGAUCUGGCUUCUUUCGCUGAGGAUUACAGAAAGCUGGCAAUUGAUUGCCUAAAGGUUUUACGUGUAGAAAUGCUACUAGAAACAGUUUUUAAUAUGCAGGUAAUGGCAACGAGGGAAUACUUGGAAGACCAAGAUGCCGAGGAACCUGAUGAUUAUGUCAUAUCUUUAAUCACCCAGAUAACUCGUAGAGACGAAGUCAUUGCUCCUUUCAUUGCUCCAACCAAGCGGAAUUAUGUAUUUGGUGGAAUAUGUGCUGUUGCAUCACAUGCAUCUAUCAAGGCUUUGGCAGAAAUGAAACACAUCAACCUUUUUGGGGUUCAGCAAAUAUGCAGGAAUACAAUUGCAUUAGAGCAGGCUCUUUCUGCCAUCCCCUCGAUUGAUAGCGCAUCUGUGCAAACAAGGUUUGAUCAUGUCCGAACUUAUUAUGAACUACUAAACAUGCCAGUUGAGGCUUUGCUUGCCUUCAUUACGGAGCAUGACCGCUUAUUCACUGCCAUAGAGUACUACAAUCUUCUAAAAGUCCAAGUCCCCGGUCGGGAAGUUCCAGAUGAUGCCAAAGCUAGAAUGGCCGAAAUUUUACCUAUAUAAAUAGUCCAGAAAAUAAAUUACUGAUAUAGAUUCAUCUUGAUCGGAAUGGGGGUUCUUUGGUUCCUGGUUGUGUUAGCCAUUGCCUGAUCGAAUUAGGUACUCUUGGUCCAAGAAUUUUAGAACCUGUAUAUAGAACUCUUCAUAGUUUCCCACAUACGUCCCGUUUGCCCGAGUUUGUCUAGAUUUUUUAUCUUGUUAGAUAUUGUUUGUGUUUCGGUUGGUAAUCUUCUCCGGCAGUAUCAAUUUUGUAUUCUUUUUUGUACUUGUUACAACUUAUAAGGCUCUUUUUGUCUGUUUGUCACAAAGUCUGAGUAAUUAGUAUGUAUGUCCUUGUAAAAUAAUUGUCUAUUCUUUUGCUUAUCAUCAAGAACAUGUUUCCUUCCGAUGAAAAUGGAAAUGUUACUGUUAAUUUUAUUUUGGUUGAAAUUAGUUGGUUAUUGUUUGAAA